AUGACGAACGACGAAAAGGGAGGCUGGUUUUCUGUGGCUUUCCGUCGCCGUCUCUCCAAGUGUACUUUGGGCGUUGAUUCGCUUUCAACAAUACAUUUCCCAUCGAAGAUUUUCCAAAAAUGGGAGAUCAGUCUUCCGCCCAACUUGUCGCGAUUGUCUCUUCGUGCCAGAUGGUUAAAUCAUGUGCAAGCACAGGCGUCCGAUAACGUUGUGAGAGCUGAAUGGACUCAAAUAGAGGCGCCUAAGAAAUGCUUAGCCAAUCCCUGCAACGCAGGAGGUCAAAACCAUCGGGGUGGCUCUGUAGUAUGUGGCGAUGCUCUUCCACUUCGAAUCUGUAUCAUUGGAGCUGGAGUCUCCGGUCUAUACCUGGCCAUGAUCCUAGAUGACCUAGGCAUUCCUGGAUUGAGUUACGAUAUCUUGGAGUCUCGAGACCGCAUUGGUGGCCGUGUUUAUACUCACCAUUUUGGUGACAGGAGAGGAAGCUACUACGAUGUCGGGGCGAUGAGGUUUCCCAACAUUCCCCCAUUAGCGCGCACAUUUGACCUAUUCUCCCGUUGUGAUGCUACCCUCGUGUCUUAUACGUAUGACAGCCCCGAAUGUCCUCGGUUUUACAACGGACUCACGUUGCAGUCGAAUAAUAUCCCCGAAACCGGCCAGAAUUGCUUUCUGCUUGGUGCUUCGCAAGGAGGCAUUGUAUCUGAUGAAGUUGCCUCCCAAAAUCCGAAUGCUAUUCUCCAAAGAGCCUUUGAACCCUUUAUCGCUCGGUUGGCGAAGGAUUUCUCCGCUGGAUUCGAACAUCUUAUGAAGUUUGACAAUCUAACGAUGCGGGAGUAUCUAACCCAGGAGAUGAAACUCGAUCUCAGCUCCGUGUGGUACUUGGAGACCGUGUGCAGUGCUUCAGGUCUCUAUGACAGAGCAUUCACGGAGGCUGUCCUUGACGCUAUGGACUUCGAUUACCCUACCGCAACAGGCUCCUCGCCCGAAUGGUACCGUGUCGCCGGAGGGACCUCUCAGGUCAUCCAUACAAUGGCCGCGCGACUGUCGCAUCGACCUUUGCUCGAACAUCGGGUGAAGUCUAUUAUGCAGGACCCCAACAAUUGCGACUAUCCAAUGUCCGUCCACGUCGACGGAGAAGACAAGCCACGGCAAUAUUCAGCCGUGUUCUCGACCGCCACAUUACCUUGCCUACGACGUAUGCAAUUAGGGCCCGAGAUCCUCAGUGCUCAACAGCGAGCAGCUGUACAGAGCGUGCACUACGACGACUCGACCAAAAUCGCCGUUCGCUUUCGAACUGCCUGGUGGAAAACCGUGUGCGGUAUCAAAGGGGGUCAGGCGACGACGGAUUUGCCCAUACGAACCUGUGUCUACCCCUCUGAUGAUAGUACCGUUCUCCUAUGCUCCUACACCUGGGGGCAAGAUGCCCACCAGAUGGGCUCGCUUCUCAACUGUGGAUCUAAAUCGGCACGACGGCAUCUAAAGCAGUUAGUGUUGGACAACCUAGCCUCGCUCCAUCAACAUUGUCUCGAUCGGAGCACUGGAAUGGCCUGUGGGUAUGAACGCACGCGCCGGCUUCUCGAUCACGAGUUCGAGGAUAUUCAUGGUCAUCACUGGGGCGGAGACCCGGACAGCGCAGGAGCUUUUGCUUACUUUGGACCAGGCCAAUUCCGUGCUUUCUACCCGGCAUUGGUGCAGCCAGCUGCGGAUGGUCGAAUGUUUCUGGUGGGGGAGGCGUGCAGUACCCAUCAUGGAUGGAUAGCUGGGUCGCUCGAAAGUUCCUACCGGGCUAUUCGACAAUAUAUCUCUAUCCUCCAAUCUUCCGGUCUGAUUGAUGCUGGGAAGUUGGACAAGCUUCAGCAAUCAUGGGGUUUAGAAAAUGUACACUCGGGGCACAGCUAG